CAAACUUGCAGCGUUCAUGAUCUUACAGGUCACUCGAGCGAGAAAGGAAUUUCCCAGGCAGAUUUUGCUUGCAAUCUUCGAAACAAAAAUCUAAACAAGUCCUAGUGUGCCAUACCAAGUCAUACAAGAAGAAAACCCCCGUUUAAUAAGCAUUGUCAGCGUCAAAUUUGGCACAGAGUAGACCUCAGCUUAUACACGCCUUCACGCCUUCACGCCCUUCCACGUGUUACACCAGCCUAUUGACCGAGUGAUAUGAUCGGUGAUUCCGACAUGGAGCCGAAAGCUGAGGUUUCAAAUUCGGGCGAGACUGCAACAUUUGAGGGACGCUUGCAGUUGAAAGACUUCAUGUACAGCGCCCCUCAACAGCCUAUACGGAGGAGUCCUCGGUUUGCUGCUGCGUCUGAAUCACCAUCGUCAUCCUCAGUGACAAGUGUGACGAAUCCUCCUCCAUCAUCCAAGAGGAGGCGUCAGACAGAAACUCCAGAUUCGUCAUCUUCAUCCCCACAGAAGAAACAGCGGAAUCGUCCCAAAUCUGGCUAUGCUCCACCUUCAACCUAUGCCCACUUACCAGAGCUACCUGAUGCCGUCGCGCCCAAUCUCCUGGUAUUUUUCAUCGGGCUGAACCCCGGUAUAGAGACUGCGCGGAAAGGUCAUGCUUAUGCACACCCAUCCAAUCUAUUUUGGAAGCUCCUCUACUCGAGCGGCGUGACGCCCGUGCCGUGCCGUGCCGAUGAGGACAGGCAGAUGCCGGAGCGAUACAGCCUUGGGCUGACCAAUAUCGUCGCUCGGCCCAGUCGGAACGGCGCCGAGCUAAGUAAACAGGAGAUGGAUGAUGGUGUCUCCAUCUUGGAAGACAAGGCCCGCAAGUGGCGACCAGAGAGCAUGUGUGUCGUUGGCAAGAGCAUUUGGGAGAGCAUCUGGCGCGUACGCCACGGGUCUCCCGUAGGCAAGGCCUUCAAGUACGGAUGGCAAGACGAGUCUGAGAAUAUGGGCGUCAUCAAGGGCGAGUGGGCGGGAGCAAAGGUAUUUGUUGCGACGAGUACGAGUGGCCUUGCAGCUUCCAUGUCGCCAGCCGAAAAACAGGCCGUAUGGAACCAGUUGGGCUCCUGGGUCAAGACAAGGAGAGCCGAAAGAGAGGUUGAGGAAGAGAAGGAGGCUGACAAGGAGACAGAAUCUUAAGAAGAAGAGCGGGGCUAGACAAAUAGUGACAGCGGGUGAUGCAUAUUCAUGGCAUUAGCAAUUCUUUUGACCAUGCGCAUUUGUUACAUCCGAAUGACAUGGUGUUAGUGAUGCUAAUGCUCAUCAAGGUGUCGUGCCUAUCAGAUCAAGUACCAUGAGCCUCCAUAAGGUUGAUGUUAUAAUUCAAUGCGUAUGAUACAUGAG